AUGCGUCGUGCUCGGAGCGAGACGCAUUCGCUUCUGGCUUUUGCAGGCUGCUGGAAAGACUUUGGUCUGCCAGUGAUUCCAAGAAUUCCAACGCUUCGAUCGCUCGAGGAGCCGCCGCUCCCGCGGCUUCCCCUGAAAUUCUGGACGGAGACUCGCGGAGUUUCUUCCGAUUGGCACCACUAUCCGCUGUAUGAGGAGCUCUUUAACCAGACAGUUUUAGAUCCUGGCGUGGUAACCCUCCCGGAGGUUGACAGCAGCAGCACCAGCACCAGCAACAGCAGCAGCAAUGAGGCUGAAGGAGGAUUUGCGCCGCUGCAGUUGCGAGGCGCUUGGGAACCUCAGAGAGACAGACUUGGUUUAGGCUAUGGUGACGCUCGUAUCUUUGAAGACUGGCCGUCUUGGGAUCCAGCGUUUGCACUGCAAGUCGCGGAAGCCACGAACCUCACGCUUGUUCCCCAGAGUGGGGAGUAUUAUCAGAAGUUUUACAUUGGACCCUUGCCGCACGGAGGUGGCUGGACGCUAGGAUCCGUGCUGAAGUCUUUCGCGCUGCACAGGAGCCCAGGCUAUGGAGUGACUGGCGUGUAUCUGCAUUCUCCGAGUUCUCACGCGGCAGCUGCAGCUGUUGCUGCAAGCAGCAGCCGCCUCGACGCGCUUGCCAGCAGGAGAGCAGCCGCUGAAGCCUCGUUGUGUCUCGACUUUCAGGUGGAGUGGGGACGGGGGCUCUGGCUGGGGGACCUUCAAGGGCUGUACCGCGAGGAGGAAGGCUUCAAUUAUCGACUCUUCAAGCGCAGACCACUCUAUCAGCAGCAGCUCUAUCCUACCAGUUGUUACUUCGGGGCCUGCAACAGAAUGCGCAUUGCCGUGCAUAAACUGAUGGGUUCUCGCUGGUGCUCUGAACGAAUGGAAUGCCCAGAUCCGAAGGAGCAGCUGGUAGUCGAAAUAUGGAGCUCUCGAAAGGCCACGCCUAAAGAAGUGUUGUUGCAUGCGCUGCGGGAAGUUCAGCUGGCUGCUGCGAGCGCGCGUUCGCAGCUCAAGGAGGAUGUCGAUUGGGCAGAGGAAGAACGUGCUCUUCAAGGUGUCUCUUUUUCUACUGGCCUCCUAAGCUCGCCCUUCCCUCUCUCCUCCUUCUCCCCUCCCCUGAGUGCAAAAUGCGGGGGAAGCUGGGGAGGAAUAGCUGAACGGCAGCAGGAACUGCAGGGGGGUCCCCCCGUUUUCAUCUUUGACGCCAAAGGCGACUUCCGUCCAGCAGAUCCAGAGAGCGCUGCCAAGGCACUCCCUCUAACACCCCCUCCAGUAAAUCCCACAGAAGUCUCAGAGCUUCGUGGCGUCUCUGUGCUGCUGUUGCUGCAGUGUGGGGUAUACACCCUGGGAAACGUUGCUCUGUACUCCCACGAGCAGCUCCUCCGCAUUCCUGGGGUAGGCCCUUCGGCAGCAGCCUUGCUGCAGCAACUCUUGUUGCAUCGCUACGAUAAGGAACUGCCUCCUGACUAA